GAAGACGUCCUGUGAUGUUGACUUUGGUUGAUUCUUGUCAUGUCUCUGAGAUUAUAUAACUUUUAACGCCGUCACACUUGACGCACACACGUCGGCAUACCUUGGACUCGAAUUCUUCACAGAAGAUUAGCGAACGCGUCGUGUCCCCGCCCCCACACCUCUGAAGGAUAUAUAAACGGGGACGGUUUUGCACUUCACUGUGCCAACUCUCAAGUAGAUUGGAGAACUCAAGCUUGAGCGAGGUCCACGUUUUGCGUCGAUUGGGCAGAACGAAGAGGUUGACGAAGAUGAAGCUUCACUGGGCACUUCUGGUGGCGCUGCUUUUCGUCGUUGGAGAAAGUUCAAUGUCGGCUGCUGCUCCGGACAAGCGGGAUUUGUCAGCCAACUUUCUGAUCCAGCGACUGGAAGAAUUUCUGAGGGAUGACGGCGGUGCGAGUGCAGAAAGUGCUGGAGCAUCUACGGAAGAGGAUGAGUCGUCGUCUGGAUCAGGAGAAGGCAGCGAAGAGGCUGCAGAAAGGCGCGAAGAGACGUUCUUAGAAACACGUGGAUAUUCCGGGUAUACACAGCGUGGCGGUACCCAGUACAAGGUGUUCGCCCAGCUCAAGUCAUACCAAGCUGCCAAACAGACCUGUGCAGCACAGGGAGGUCAUCUGGCCGACGUCAAGACUCGGGCGCUGCACAACUUCCUCCUGUCCGAGAUCCGGAAGGUUGACGCCAACAGAGACUACUGGAUCGGGCUCAACGAUAUAACAGUUGAGAACACGUGGACCUGGUCUGACGGGACGCGGAUCAGCGAUUGUGACUUCAAAAACUGGGCACCAGGAGAGCCGAACAACGCGUACGCCAACCGAGGGGGCCCGGGCCAGGACUGCGGGCAACUCUGGAAAUCUCGAAGCUUCCAAUGGGACGACGAUACGUGUACCAACCAGAAGUACUUCAUCUGUCAGAGAGGUCCGGGCGAAGAGAAUGUGUGUGGAUCAGGAGGUGCUGGAUCGGGGCAAUGUGCUGCUAGCUCCACCAAUAUUGCCCGGGGCCGUCCGACACAGCAAUCGAGUGUCGCCCAUGGGGGCGUGCCUGGACGGGCGGUGGACGGGAACACAAACUCCCAGUGGGGGGGAAGUUCCUGCACUCACACCGGAAACGACAACCAGCCGUGGUGGCGGGUGGACCUGGGGUCCUCCAAUUGCGUGGACCGCGUUGUCGUCACCAACCGCGCGGACUGUUGCCCAGAACGGCUCCAAAACUUCAAGGUGUACGUCGGAGAUAACCCGAAUGUUGUCGCCAACCCUACGUGCGGCGGAGCGCAGUCUGUCACCGGCAAGGCAACGAUCACAGUGGACUGCGGCGGCCGGACGGGCCGAUAUGUGGGGAUAGCUCUACCGGGCAGGCAGUAUCUGACGCUAUGUGAAGUGCAGGUCUUUGGAGGUGCUGCAUUGAUUAAGCUGCCUUCACAAUGUGCUGCUAGCUCCACCAAUAUUGCCCGGGGCCGUCCGGCACAACAAUCAAGUCAAUACGACGGAAAUUCCGUGGCUGGACGGGCGGUGGACGGGAACACAAACGCCCGGUGGUCGGGAAGGUCUUGCAGUUGCACCCGGAACGACAACCAGCCGUGGUGGCGGGUGGACCUGGGGUCCUCCAAUUGCGUGGACCGCGUUGUCGUCACCAACCGCGCGGACUGUUGCCCAGAACGGCUACAAAACUUCAAGGUGUACGUCGGAGAUAACCCGAAUGUUGUCGCCAACCCUACGUGCGGUGGAGCGCAGUCUGUCACCGGCAAGGCAACGAUCACCGUGGACUGCGGCGGCCGGACGGGCCGAUACGUGGGGAUAGCUCUACCGGGCAGGCAGUAUCUGACACUAUGUGAAGUGCAGGUCUUUGGAGGUGCUGGAUCGGGGCAGCAAUGUGAUCCUGGAGAAGAGAAUUGUGAAUCAGGAGGAUACAUCAAUCUUGGCUGUUGGCGAGACACCGGUAACAGAGCCAUCCCAACCCUGGAGGGGUCCGACUCACGUCUGGACGGGUCGUACCAAAACCGCCAGAACGCCAUCGAGAAGUGCUACCAGGCCGCCAAGGAACGAGGGUUCACCUACUUCGCGGUGCAGAACGGAGGUUGGUGCGCCUCUUCCGCCAUCGCGGGAGAAACCUACCAGAAGUUCGGCCGCUCUACAACCUGUGGGGCCGACGGCGAAGGAGGGCCUUGGGGCAAUCAGGUGUACAAAAUCACAGACGCCCUGCCAAAGAUCGUGAGCCUUGGCUGUUGGAAGGACACUGGAAACAGGGCCAUCCCAACCAUCGAGGGUUCGGACGCGCGUCUGGACGGUAGCUAUGGGGCUCGUCGGGACGCGAUUAACAAGUGCUACCAGGCCGCCAAGUCUCGAGGGUACACCUACUUCGCCCUGCAAAACGGAGGUUGGUGCGCCACUUCAGCCACGGCGGGAAAAACCUACCAGAAGUACGGACCGUCCACAACCUGCCGCACGGACGGCGAAGGCGGACCCUGGGGAAACCAAGUCUACCAAAUCCCAGGUGGUGCGGCAUGCGAGGCGCCGCUGGACCUGUUCUUAGUGCUGGACGGAUCCGGUAGCGUAGGAGCUGCAAACUUCGACAAGGUGAAGCAGUUUGCACGCGACAUGGUCAACAGGUUCGACAUCGGCCCGACUGCCACCAGGGUUGGAGUACUACAGUACUCUGACAGGAACAGCCUGGUGUUUAACUUGGGAGCUAAAUCAGACAAGCCGUCUACCAUCAGCGCCAUUAAUGCCAUCACGUACCAGAAAGGCGGCACGAAGACAGGGGCUGCGAUGCAGUUCGUCCGUACGAACGCCGCAUGGAGGCAAGGAGGAAACGUCCCGAAAGUGAUCAUCGUGUUGACAGACGGGAAGUCGGGUGAUUCUGUGUCGGGACCAGCUCAGAGUCUUGCCGCGAGCGGAAUUACCGUGUACGGCAUCGGAGUGGGCAACUUCGAUCACGGGCAACUCCUACAGAUCGCCAACAACGACCAGAACAAUGUGAUCGAGUUGAGCGACUUCAACGCCCUGGCCACGAAGAUUAGCGAGAUUGCCAAAGUCGUUUGCGAAAAGGUGUCUGACGUUUGCCCCAGUGGUUACAAGGAAUUCAACGGGAUCUGCUACAAGGCGUUCAACACGGUAAAGACCUUCCUUCAGGCGUCCAAGGCUUGUUACGACGACGGCGGCACACUCGCCAUGCCCAAGGAUGCUGCCACCAACGCCUUCCUCAAGACCCUGAAGGACAAGGUAGACCCGGCCGGCUUCUUCUGGUUCGGCCUCGUGGAUCAGCACACGGAGAACGAAUGGCAGUGGGUAGACGGAGGGAACCUCGUCAGGGGCCAAAGCGACUGGAAACCGGGAGAGCCGAACAACGCAGGCGACGAGGACUUUGCCGAGUACUUCCCUAACAAAUGGAACGACGUGGGCGGCAACGCAAGGAACAGGAAAUUCAUCUGCCAAGUGAUUCCAACAGAUUCCCCACAAGGCUACGUGUACCAUCAACUGAGCCACAUGAGCUACAAAGUUUACAACGUCAAGAAAGACUACAAGGGAGCGGUUGAGGCCUGUCGUGCAGAUGGCGGUUCACUUGCCGAACCUAGAGAUGCCGCCGCCAACACGUUCCUCAUCUACCUCAAGAACGCCGUGGACAACCGAGCAUGGUUCCGCUUCGGACUGACGGACGAACACCAGGAAGGAGGCUGGAUGUGGGGAAGCGGUGUCGCCCUAUCAACUUUCCGCACGUGGGGUCCGGGAGAACCGAAUAACCGGAGAAACGAGGACUGUGCCGAGUACUUCCCUGGAAGUCAUCCGAAAAACAAGAGGAACACGUGGAACGAUGGGCCAUGUACAGCUCGUACCAGGACGUUUAUCUGCCAGGUCGUUCCGAAAGGCUGUCCUAGAGGCUACAAGCAGAGGGGUGCAAUCUGCUACAAGGCCUUCGACAAGAAGAAGAAUUACGACGAGGCUGAGAUGGCUUGCCGGGCUGAAGGAGGGUCCCUGGCGAUGCCCCGCGACCAGGCUACCAACGACUUCCUGAUCAAGCUGAAGAACGACAAGGACGGCAGCUCGUGGUUCUGGCUCGGGGCGGAUGACAAGAAUGACGAGGGCACAUGGCUGGGCCGGGACGGCCAACAGUUCGGGAGCUUCCGCGCCUGGUUCCCGGGAGAACCGAACCAGGCUGGCGGGAACGAAGACUGCUUGAUGCUGUUCGAAAGCCCCAGGAACAAGUGGAACGAUCAAGGCUGUGCGACAAAACAGAAGUUCAUCUGCCAGAUCCAACUGCCAAUUGUUGGUUCCUGCGGUGGCAACAUUCAAGGGGAGUUUGGAACCAUUGUCUCACCGGGCUACCCAGAUACAUACGCAGAUAAUCAGAAAUGCACCUGGAACAUCAUGGCUCGACCAGGGAAGGUCUUGACUCUGAUCUUCGAGGAUUUCGACCUCCAGGGCACCUCCGACACGGUGACUGUUGAAGACCCCUGCAGCGACAGGGAGCUGGGGAAGUUCUCGGGGUCGACUCUGCCUGCACCCGUCCGCAGCGCGGACAAACAGCUGAGGAUCGUCUUCAGAACCGACCACUCUGUCAGCGAACGUGGCUUCAGGGUCAAAUUCUUCGCCAGCGACGCUUCCGGGAAACGAGAGAUUGAGGAGCCGAUGUCUGUCCAGCAGCCCGAUGAGAUCAUGGAGGGGCGUGGCCAGGAGGAAGGAGGCCAGGAGGAGCGUGGCCUGGAGGAAGCUGCCGAUGAAGAGGUGCUGAUGGAGACCUUGAAGAUGCUGGAGGACGACCUGCGCAAUGCUGGCAACGAGCUAAGGGAGCUCCAUGAAGAAUGACAACUGGCGACAGAUGACGUUGAAAUGAUUGAC